AUGGUCGCGAUGGGAGGAGGUCCUGAGCUCCCGUCUAGAAGUGGGUCGAAAGAGAAGGAGCUUGUGCUAUGCGCAUUACCAUGGCCUCAAGAGCUAUGUGAGCGCGGCAUGAAAGAGCUGAGAGAAGCUUUCGAUGAUGUGGAAGUAAAGUACUUUCAAGUCAAGUACGACGAUGGAAAGUCGGAGAUGGAUGCACCAGAAGAUCUUAUCAAGCGCACAACCUAUCUUGCAACACUCUCAUGGCUCCCGGAAUCAGCAUCGUCGAUCCCUUCUACCAAACUCAUCCAGUUCUUCUCCGCAGGCACAAACCAUGUUUCUAACCAUCCGAUUUACACUGACUCCAAGAUCCCGUUAUGCUCUGCAAAUGGUGUUCACGGUCCACAGAUUGCCGAAUGGGUGAUUAUGAUGAAUCUGGUGCACAGUCAUAGCUACACCAAGCUUUACGACAAUCAGAAAAAGAAGGUUUGGGACCAGAAGGUGGGAAACAGUGUUAGUGAUCGGGUAGGGAAGAGAGUGGGUGUGUUGGGUUACGGGAGUAUUGGUCGACAAGUUGCUCACGUAGCAAAAGCAAUGGGCAUGGACGUAAUAGCCUACACUGCUUCACCACGCAAGACCCCAGAGUCCAAGCACGACAACGGCUAUAUCGUUCCUGGAACCGGUGAUCCCGAUGGCAGUAUCCCCAGCGCAUGGUACAGCGGGACUAGCAAAGAAGACGUACACGAGUUUCUGAAACAGGAGAUUGACCUACUCGUCGUUUCUGUGCCGUUGACGAAAGCGACGACACAUCUCCUCUCCACUGAGGAAUUCGACCUCCUACACAAGUCCAACCCGAGAGGUACCUACGUCGCAAACAUCGCACGCGGGCAGAUCAUCGACUCGAAGGCUCUUAUUACCGCAUUGGAGAAGGAGCAUAUCAGUGGCGCAGCCCUUGAUGUUACGGAUCCUGAGCCUCUGCCUGAAGAUGAUCCGCUAUGGGAUGCACCAAACGUCUUGAUCACACCCCACUGUAGUGGAGCAUCAGACGCGUACGCCGACCGCGCGUUCCAGGUGCUGAUCGAGAACAUAAAGAGAGACCGAAGUAAGGGCAAGCUGAUCAACGAGGUGAACCGUGAGAGGGGGUACUGA